AUGGAAGAAGCUCUCGCAAAUCAACAAACUGGUUGCUAUUCAGUUGCUCGAGCUCUCGACAAUUUUAAGAAGAUCGGUCGGUCAAAUCUGACGGCCGCCAAAAUUCGCUCGCGAAUGACGAGCUUACAAGACACGUGGACACAAUGUGUGCGCAAUCACGCGACACUGCUGCAGCUUGUUCCUGACGAGAAGCAAGUUUCAAUUCACUACUUCAAAAAGGAGACCUUUGCCUUCCACGAGGACCUCUAUCAAUCAGCUAUGGACUACAUGAACGAGUGCUUGGAGGAGCUGGUUCCUGUCGUAAGUCGUGAAACCUCUUUCAACGCUUCGUUCGCGCAUACAGACUCUGCGUCAUUAUCGGUCAAACAUCUUCCUCCCAUUAAACUGCCGCCGUUCACCGGUAAGUUUGAGGAGUGGGAGACUUUUCGCGAUCGGUUUCAAUCGCUUAUUAUAGACAAUCGCGAAUUAUUGAACUUCAGUCGCAUGCAUUUUUUAGUGUCGAGUUUAACAGGCUCAGCUCGCGAUGCGAUAUCAGGUAUUAAAGUCACCGCGGAUAACUUCUUGGUUGCGUGGAAAGCAUUAACAGCGCGUUUUGAAAAUAAGCGCCGAUUAAUUGAGACUCACAUUUCGAACUUGUACAAUCUUCCGAAAAUGACUCGUGAGUCAGCUGUCGAGCUUCACGCCUUACGCGAUAAAGCCGAACAAGCGAUCUCAACAUUGCAACGUCUUAAUCGUUCGCCGGACGAUAUAGUCAGCGACAUGUUAGUUUAUUUUCUCUCUCAGAAGUUUGAUCCUGCCACGCGCCGUGCGUGGAAGUUAAAAACGAGCGAUAACGAAAAUCCGCCAACAUACAAAGAAGUAUUAAAAUUUAUUUUGUCGCGCGCUCUCGCGUUAGAGGAACUUUACCCUCGCGAUAACGACAAGACCAAGUCACAUGCGAAGAUGACUAGCGCAACAGCGACUGCGUCAUCUAAUAUAGUGUGUUCAAUGUGCAAGCAAUCGCACAUUCUCUCAAAAUGUCCGCAAUUUGUAGCAAAGAGUCCGAUUCAGCGACGCGAAUUGGUUAAGAAAUUUCGACGAUGUUUCAAUUGUUUGAGUGAUAAACACAUGUCGAUCAAUUGUCAAAGUAAUUUCACAUGUCGAACAUGUAAUAAACGACAUCAUUCUAUGAUUCAUCUCGAUUCGGACUCAUUGCAACAAGUUACAAAUGCGAAUAAUACGUCAAACGCGAAUGACGUCAUCAACAACGUGCCUAACGUUACGGCACUCUCAUCAGUUACAAUGACAACUGCGCCGACUCCUGUUGUCUUAUCUACUGCAAAGGUGAAUUUGCAGGCGCCUUCUGGACGCUCAUUGGUUGUCAGAGCCUUGAUUGACGGUGGAUCAGAGCUCACGUUUGUGACGGAGCGUGUUGCUCAAAUAUUACGUCUUAAGCGUAUACGAACGCUUACUUCAACGUCGGGAAUAAGCUACGCUGACACCGGCAUUAACGAGGUAUGCUCCCAAAACGCUUCGCAAUCGCAAGAUUGGAAACAUAUUUCCAAUCUAGAAUUGGCUGACGAUGAUCCUACCGGAUCAACACCGAUUGAUCUCAUAAUAGGAUCCGAUUUAUAUAAUCACGUACUCGUUCACGUACGUAACGGACCGCUCGGUCAACCAGGUGCAAUUGAAUCGCAUUUCGGAUGGAUCCUAUCCGGAACAACCUCUAUCCCAAAUCACGUGACACAACCCUCUCAUGUGGUAACUUCAACUCUCGUAAUUCCGCCUAUUGAGGAUGCGAGUCGCGUCGUGCAAUCAACUCAGUUAAAUCAACGUUACAGUGUUGUCGUUCAUUGUUGUUCUUUCGAAAAUCAAUUGUCUAAAUUCUGGGAGGCAGAAGAAACACCUCAAUCAAUUGAAAUGUCUCCAGAUGACGAACAAUGCGAAGAACAUUUCAAACAAACGCAUUCGAGAACAUCGGAUGGGAGAUAUAUCGUGCGUCUGCCGUUUCGAAACGGCCCACCCAUCGAAAUCGGUGAAUCUCGCGAAAUAGCCGCGCGUCGGCUUUCGUCGUUACUUCGGAGAAUUAAUAAUCAACCUGCGAUUAAGCAGGAGUAUUCUGAGUUCAUGAGCGAAUACGCACAGUUGAAUCAUAUGAAAGUAAUCGCACCGGUGGAUUCAGUAAAUUCACAAGUCGUGUACAUCCCUCAUCAUCCGGUCAUUCGAGAGACUAGUUCGACAACUCGGUUGAGAGUCGUAUUUGACGCCUCAUGCACAAUCUCUAACGGUACCUCGCUCAAUUCUCACAUGUUUACUGGGCCUAAACUACAGUUAAAUCUGCAAUCGGUUUUAUUACGUUGGCAACAGCACAAAUACGUUUACUCCGCAGACAUAGCGAAAAUGUAUAGACAAAUAUUGGUCGACUCGCGAGAUAGAGAUUAUCAACGCAUCCUAUGGAUAGAUGAAAAUUCGAAUAUUCAAGAACAUCAACUCCUUACGGUAACAUACGGUACGGCUUCAGCACCGUUUUUAGCUCUUCGAGUCAUUAAUCAGUUAAACGAUGAUGAAGGAAGCUCGUUUCCACUAGCAUCUGCGGUUUUAAGCGAGAACGUCUAUGUGGACGACGUGCUGUUUGGGGCCGAAGAUAUGCCUCUCCUUAAACAGACUCGAGAUCAAGUUUGCAAAUUGUUGAAACGCGGUGGAUUCUAUCUUCGCAAAUGGGCGAGUAACAAACCGGAGUUGCUCUCAGAUAUUUCAUCGGAUCAUCACGGGCUCGCACAGCUUAAAUUAUUCGAGACUGACAACAAUUUGAAAGUUCUCGGUAUUUUUUGGAAUCCGACGCACGAUUGUUUCCAGUUUCAAAUUGAAUUACCACAGACUCUCCCUUCUACAAAACGAACGAUUCUCUCUACCAUAGCCAGAAUAUUCGAUCCACUUGGAUGGGUCACACCCGUGGUUCUCAAAGCGAAAGUUUUUAUGCAGAAAUUAUGGCGACACAAAGUAGGCUGGGACGACAAUCUCUCAGAAGAUCUUCUUUCACAAUGGAGAGUGAUUUAUAAAUCACUUCCUUAUAUCAAAAGCAUAAAACUUAGUCGCUGGAUUGGAUGCGAUUCAGAUACCAAGAGCAUCGAGUUACACGGUUUCGCGGAUGCUUCCCAAGUAGCUUACGCCGCAGUAGUUUUUUUGAGAGUCACAACAUUAUCCGGUCAUACAACUGUUUCGCUCCUCGCUGGGCGAUCUAAAGUCGCGCCUAUCAAACCGCUGACAAUCCCUCGAUUAGAAUUGUCAGCUGCGGUCUUAUUAGCGCGCCUAAUUGAAUUCAUAAGAAAAUCUCUUCAUUUACCAAAAUGCCAGUCCAUUGUUGGACAGAUUCGAGAUGAUUGGCCCACAUUCACAAGAACGCCGAUAGACGAAACACAUUUAGAAGAAAAAUCGUGUCAAGUGCAUCAAGUUAACGCUAAUGAACCGUGGAAUCUCACUACUCGAUAUUCAUGGUGGCCGAAAUUAAUACGUAUUACCGCCUACAUUUACCGUUUCAUAAGGAAGUGUAGAAAGAAACACACAAUAGGAUCGAACAACAAGUCUCAAUCUCACGCUCUUACUACAGUUGAAUUCAACAAAGCACGAAACUUCUGGCUGAACUUCAUUCAGUUAGAACUAUUCGAAAACGAGCUCCAUAAUUUAAAGUCAAACAAACCGUUGCCUACUCACAGUCCAAUUCUCUCAUUAAAUCCGUUCCUGGAUUUUGACGGUCUAAUUUGCGUUGGGAGGCGAUUAGAACACUCGUCAUUAUCUUUCCAGUCCAAGCAUCCAAUCUUAUUAGCCAACCAUACGAUCACUACCAUGAUCAUCCGUUAUACGCAUGUUGUAUCUCUCCAUACCGGUCUUCAAUCCACUCUUUCAAAACUUAGACAAGAGUUUUGGAUUUUGAGAGCAAGAAGUCUAGUAAAGUCGGUUAUUUAUAAAUGUGUUCCGUGUACAAGAGAAAAGGCUCAAGUAGCUAGUCAGCUGAUGGGCCAGCUACCUACGAGUCGUGUUUCGGCGCCCUCUCGAGCGUUUCUACAUAGCGGUGUCGACUACGCCGAACCAGUCUUCACACGUGCUUCAGCCGGCCGAGGAAUUACCUCGCGAAAGGCCUACAUAGCACUCUUUAUUUGUUUAGCCACACGCGCUAUUCAUCUCGAACUGGUUAGUGAUUACUCGACUGCUGCCUUUCUUAACGCUUUUCAAAGAUUUUGUGCGCGACGUGGAUUACCAGAGGUCAUGUACUCGGACAAUGGUACUACGUUCGCAGGAGCAGACAAGGAGUUGUCGCAAGCGUAUCGAGACGCUCAAAGCGAUGUUAACUUUCUCAACUUUAUCGUGUCAGAUAACAUCACAUGGAGUUUUAUCCCUCCCCAUGCUCCACACUUCGGUGGAUUGUGGGAGGCAGGGGUCAAAAGCGUUAAAUACCACCUUCGUAGGAUAUUAGGAAAUCACACCCUCACUUUCGAGGAACUUACUACCGUGCUUUGUAAAGUUGAAGCAUGCUUAAAUUCAAGGCCCCUGUGUCCAUUGACUGAUUCGAUUGACGACUUUGAAUUUCUCACUCCGGGUCACUUUUUGAUUGGAUCGGCAAUCACAAUCAAUCCAGAACCUUCUGUUCUGCAAAUCAAUGAAAACAGACUGUCACGGUGGCAGUUGUUGCGACAGAUCACGGAGCGUUUUUGGAAGCAUUGGCACGCCGACUAUAUUAACACGCUUCAACAGCGAACUAAGUGGCGAAAGGCAAAGUCACUUAUCCAUAUCGGUUCCAUGGUUCUGAUUCAAAAUCCUCUUCUUCCUCCUUGCAAAUGGGAACUCGGACGCGUAAUCCACUGUCGACCAGGCUCUGACGGAUUAAUUCGAGUAGUCUCCGUCAAAACAGCGAACUCGGAAUAUACGCGUCCCAUAACUAAGUUAUGUGUGCUUCCAAUCGACGUUGAUUCUGACGAUUCCAUCGAGGAUCAGCCUCGAGUGUCAAGCAAUUAA